AUGAGACGUGACGUGACGCAGGCUCGUUCAUGGUCAGUUACUGCGAGCCACUAUGCUUAUUGGAUCCGCGUGGUGGAGUUCCUGCUGGUGGAGUGCCGCAUGUUCGUGGACGCGCCGUCCAAGGUGGAGCGGCUGACGGCGCUGCAGUGCGCGGUGCGCGCGGGCAACGUGGACUGCGUGCGCACUCUGCUGGCCUUCGGCGCAGACCCUCGGCGCUGCGACGCCCGCGGCCGCACAGCUGAAGAUUUUUUCUCUGGCUUGAACAACGAAGAAAUCGAGGCUUUGUUGACAGAGGGACAAACGACAAUGUGGCAGCCAGAGAAUGUAGAGGCCGCCCCAGUGCAUUUCCUUGACAGCGGGGGUGAGAUUUCCUCGUGAAUAGGUCACUUCACUAACGUCUAAUAAAUGUUGAACA